AUGUCCAAUGAUACAAACUCUACAGAGCAAAAUCAAAUAAACACUGGAAAUCAAGUGCAAGAUUUUGAUAAGAAGCAACAAGAAAAGGGCCAAAGUUCUACUCAAAUUUUGAAUACCUUAAGCUCCCCUCCAGAUGAGAAUACCAAUCAAAUGAAUCCCCUUUCAAACACCGCUAUGGUUACUAACAAUGAUAAUACUAUGUCUCAAGGAGAACAGAUUCAAAUUGAUAGUCAGGGUGACACUGAGCUAGUUACUAUCUCAAAUGAGAACAACGAUGUCCAUCCCCAAAAUAAGAAUCACAAACACGACACUGAUCCUGGAGAAGCUCGCAACAAUUAUUUCAAAUUGAUAAGUGGUACUUCUCUGGAUAAAGUCCAUCAAACUUUGACAGAUGAUGAUGAUAGCUUAGAUAAUAGUGACUAUAUGGAACAAGAAGAGAGCACUGAUGCUAGUGAAAAAUCUAGUCCUCAAGCUUUGGUUGAUGUUACUGUCGGCUCCACUUUUGAGAACAUCUUAGAUUCUGGUCACUUUUCUCCUAGACACUCCAUAGAGACUGAUAUUAGAGGUAGAGGAAGAGGAAUCUUGGGGUUCCAACAAAGUAACACCAAACCAAACCCUUAUACUGGAAUAUUAGGAGCAUCAGGAGUUCCUAAUACAGGGGCAGAGCUCAAAAUCAAAGAGAGACUUAAACAACUUAUCAUGUUUAAGUCCUUAUACUGGAAUAUUAGGAGCAAAACUUCUAGAGAGACUAUUAUUGCCCUUACUGAACCUUUUCAUAAAGACAAUAAGUUGGACAAAUACAAAAGGAUCCUUAGCUACCAUUAUGCCCAUUCCAAUUACAAUAGUCAGAUAUGGAUUUUUUGGGAUUCUAACACUGACUGCACCAUCAGUGAUGAGGAUGAUCAACAAGUUACUUGUACAAUUACCAUUAAUGGCACUCCCCUUUUGAUUACUUAUAUCUAUGCCAAAUGUGAUGCUCAACUUAGAGUUGACCUUCGGAAUAAACUCAGAAGUAUUAGUGAUAACUACAACUUACCAUGGCUAGUCACUGGAGACUUUAAUUGCAUUAUUGAUCCAGUUGAAAAGAAAGGCCGUUCUCUCCACAGGAUGUCUAAAUGUAUGGAAUUCAUUCAGUGUAUCAUGGAUUGUGAACUUCUUGAUGCAGGCUAUACUGGUUCUCCUUUUACUUGGUGUAAUGGUUGGGUAACUGACAGGAGAGUUUGGCAAAGGCUUGAUAGAGCUCUUACUAAUCAUCUUUGGGUGAACACUUUUGAUACUACUAAUGUUUAUCAUUUGAUCAAGACUGGCUAUGAUCACUCCCCUUUACUCAUUAUUGCUAACUCUUCACAUAGAAAUCCCAUCAAAUAUUUUAAGUUCCUCGACUUCUGGAUUGAGGAGCCUAAUUUCUUGAAUAUUGUUGAGCAAGCUUGGAGUAUAGAUGUGGAUGGCUCUCCACUAUGGAAAUUUCAUCUCAAACUCAAAAACACCUCCAAAAUGCUUUCUGCCUGGUCUUGGAAUACUAUUGGUAAUAUCUUCACCAAUAUAAAAGUCCUGGAAGAAAAAGUUACUGAUCUGGAAAAUCUCUCCAUUAGAGACAACUCUGAGAUUAACAGGACAACCUUUAAUCAAGCCAAUGUUGAAUUAAUCAGGGCUUACAAAAAAGAAGAAUCCUACUGGAAACAAAAGUUUGGUAUUAAAUCUUUUGUGGAAGGAGAAGUUAACUCUACGUUCUUCCAUUCUAUUGAGAAAGGGAGGAAAAUGAGGCUUAAUCUUACUAGUAUCCAAGAUGAUCAUGGCAACUGGAUCAGUGGUGAUGAUAAUAUUGCUCAGCAAGCUGUGCAAUUCUUUGAGAAUCAAUUCACUAAGGAAGAUACUUUGAUGGAUGACAAUGUCAUGAACCAUAUACCAAAGAUCAUUAGUGAGGAGGAAAACACCAUGUUACUAGAUUCACCUUCCAUGGAUGAAUUGAAAGAUAUCAUUUUCUCUAUGAGCACUCAUAGUGCCCCUGGACCAUAUGGCUUUUUUCACUUCUCUGAUCUCAGGCUAAUUAUUCUUAGCAAUUUCUCUAACAAAAUUAUCUCUAAGCUAAUGAACCAGAGAUUGACACCCGUUAUGCAGAAGAUUAUCUCUCCCUAUCAAACAAGUUUCAUUAAAGGGAGGUCCAUUUCAGAGAACAUCAUCUUGACUCAAGAAAUGGUACAUAACAUUAAUCAGUCUCUUCAGCAUGGAAAUAUUAUUCUGAAAUUAGAUAUGGCAAAAGCCUAUGACAGAGUGAAUUGGGAUUUUUUGUGUUUGAUCAUGAAAAGAAUGGGAUUUUCUAAUCUCUGGAUUGACAGAAUCUGGCGACUCAUUUCUAAUGUCUGGUACUCCAUCGACUUGAAUGGGCUUUCCUUAGGUGAUCUUCCUUCCCUCAAUCCAAUGAUGUCAAAACUGGAUGCUUAUGAAAAGAUCUCUGGCCAAAUAAUCAAUAGAAGGAAAUCUGGAUUCUUAGUGUCAGCAAACUUUCCAGCUGAAUGCAUAAAUGAUGUUGAGAACAUUACUGGAUUCUCUCAACUACAAUUCCCCAUGAAAUACCUUGGUUGUCCCAUUUACAGAGGCACAAACAAGAUUGUAUACUACAACAACAUGGUUGCUAAGGUCUCCAACAGAUUGCAAGGGUGGCAAGGUCAAACAGGUAGAGAUCCAUUAUAA